AACAAGGUCUUCAUAGCAGAGAAACACGUUCUGGUCAACGUUUGUCGAUUUUUUCAGUUUUAUUUCAAAUUUCUCUCGUGUUCUUCUACUUGUUAGCAUCUUCGACCUGUCCGGGCUCCUUCAAAAAAGGACACCCGGACUUUUGACAUGAAAAUUAUCAUUGUCUAUGCAAUAGUAAUCAGUUUCAUAGAUAUUUCACAAGAGCAAGCGCCAGACUCCCCAGUGUCGAUUAUUGCACAAACACUGGAAAACAGCGGGACGACAACUGACGGAAAUAAUGCAAAUUUAACAUCAGAUAAUGUUAUUGGAACUAUUGAAAAAUAUCACAAUGCAACAGAGCCAUCGUUUUUGUACAUAGUGCAAUUAGAGUUAAAAUCAAGCCGAGUUGAAGAAACAUUCACGGAAAUAGAGAAGAGAUUAGACCAAUUAGUUGACAUGGCAUUCAUCCUGGCUGCAUAUAAACAUAGAAAGCAAACGCCACCUGCGGAAAUUGUUGCGUCUAAUUCAAGUUAUAGCACAAAAAUAAUCAAAAAACGAACUGCAGGAGAACUAACAUAUAUCCACUUUGUAACAUAUGCAGGGACUGCGCCCGUACUUGGAGAGGUUGUUGCUGAUGAUUUGACACUGCUCACUAUUUCACAAAUUUCUGCUACUUUACGCUAUCCGCUUGGAAGAAUAAUAUCUGAUAGAGAUAUCGAAAACGAAAGUUCAACAAAAUGGUGGUUUUUAAUUGGAGUUAUUGGAACCGGUGUGAUCAUUAUAAUGAUUGGAUGGUUUUGCUUGUUUUUGUUUUUCAAUACUUGUGGUUAUAUGUAUGGCACUGAAGUUGGAGACGAUAUGACAAGAGCUCAAAGAGCCAGUAUGAAGAAGCAGUUGGUCAUUAAUCCAUUGCCGAUGCAUUGUGAGCCAGCUGCCGAGCAACUGAACGACGUGCUCCCAUCUGACAAUCCGAACGUUGUGGCUGCCAAGAAACCAAAAUUGAACAGAAAAAUGCAACAGUCCUGUGGCACACUAUCUGAGAUUCAUCUAGAACGUCGUAUCAAAAACGAGCGUGAAAACAUUCGCAAAGCAAUACAGGAAGCGUUCAACAAGGCGGUCGAGGAAAAUAAAACAGCUGCUCUGGUGCCACUUCCAUCAUCUUUUGGUCCAGUUGGUGUUGAUAUGCGUAACACGGAUGUUGAAACCGCCGCGCAACGUGUUGUCGAAGCGAAAAGUGAGAAAAAGAGACGAAAAACUAAGAUUGGUCCCAUUACCGCUGUCACAUCCACCACGACCACCAUUACCACGAAUGAGCAAGAAAGAAAAGCUGAGGAAAUUAGUGGAGUGAGCAGUGUUACGACAACGUCCACUCAAGAGUUAGAUGAGUUUGAUGUUGCCAAUUUACCAGAGACUACAUUGAAAAUAACCAAGAAGAAAAAGGGGAAAGAAGAAAGUGACGUAAAAAGUGAACCGGAAUCCGAUUAUGGUAGUAGUUUGGAAGAUGAAAAGCCAAAUGAGGAUGAAGGAGUGGCACAAGAAAUUCAUGAAGAAGUUCGAACAAGACCAAUGACAGCAAAAAAGCAACGGACUUCUUUGUUUGGAGGCAACGGGAUUUCUCCUCUUCCUGUUCAACCAAGGGCGUGGACUGUGUAUCAAGCCGGUGAUAGAGUUGCAGCUUUCUGGAAUAAUAAUCAAAUGCAUAGUCAUCCAACGCCUUCCUCUCCAAGUGAAAAUGGAGUUAUUGAAGUCAAGUCUUCAAACAAUUUUUUUGGAUAGAUUAUGGUUUUCUUUUUUUUCUAGUGACAAUUACUUGACUUUUAUAGUUCUGAAAAUUGAACAAAAACAAUCCGUUGAUUUUUCUUAUUACUUAUUUAAUCACAUAAUUUACUGAUAUGAUCAGAUUUCACAACUAUUUUUCAAUUCAAUACAAAUUACUUUUUC